GAACCGCCCUCGUGGACAAGACCCCCUCUUUGCGAAAAUUGAAGCUACCCCAGCAGCCCCAACAGGUAAAAUUUACAAAUAAACAAGUUUUCCUUUUCCUUUUCUCGAUAAAUUAGUUUCCAUGGACGACAUCUUCGAUUCCUCCCUCAAUCUUGAAGAGACCCAUUUGAAGGAAGGCUACGCCGAGGGCUACAAAGACGGCCUAGUCGCUGGCAAAGAAGAGGCAAAACAAGUAGGCCUUAAAGUUGGUUUCGAGGUCGGCGAGGAAAUUGGGUUCUUCAGAGGGUGUGUGGACGUCUGGAAAUCUGUUAUUCUGAUCGACCCAGAACGGUUUUCGAGUCGGGUUCAGAAGAGUGUGAAGCAGAUGGAGGAGUUGGUAGAACAAUACCCGCUUCAGGACCCUGAGAAUGAGCAAGUUCAGGAGCUGAUGGAAGGAUUGAGGCUCAAGUUCAGAACGAUUUGCGCCACUCUGGGUGUCAAAUUAGAGUAUAGUGGCCAUCCUAAAUCGGCUUCAGAUGGACAAGAGAUCUUUUAGGAGACUUCACAGUUGGUGAUGAAACGAUUGGUGAAAUUUGGGAGUUUUAGAUGAUUGUUUACUCUCUUCUUACACUUAAAUAAGAACUCUCUGUUUCAGCUUUUGUGGAGACAUCUUUUGGUUGUGGUGUAAAGGCGGGCUGUGUUGUUUGUAUUCUUACAUUUUGUUUCUGUUAUAAUUUGAAAAUAGGAAAUUGGAAAGAUCAUUCGACAGUGAAAAAUAUUUCUUGGAA